CAACUCCUCAAAAUCGCUGCUCAUAACCGUAACAGCUCGGUCAAACUCCUUGACUUUCCCAUUUCUCAAACGCUCUUCUACCGCCUAUUUAUACGCCCUCCUCUCUCUCCGGCCAGAAACCACGGCGGCAGCAGCAGCAGAGCAUCGCAAUAGCAGCAAAUUCAGCUAACCGUUUCCCAUAAUCACACAACACGCAACAAUCCAAAUCUCCAAAAUCUCACCGUCGCCGAGAAAUUUUCCCCGGGAAAAAUUGCAGCCAUGGCGGAGCAGAAGACGAAGAUUCUGAUCGUCGGAGGAACAGGGUACAUAGGCCGGUACGUAGUGGAAGCCAGCGCCAAGGCCGGCCACCCUACUUUCGCUCUCGUCCGCCAGUCCACUCUCACCAGCCCCACCAAAUCCAAGACCAUCGACUCCUUCAACAAGCUCAGCGUCAAAUUCCUCAUCGGGGAUCUGACGGAUCACGAGAAUCUGGUGAAGGCGCUGAAGCUGGUGGAUGUGGUGAUCUCCACCGUCGGCCACGACCAGCUGGCCGAUCAAGAAAAGAUCAUCUCCGCCAUUAAAGAAGCUGGAAACAUUAAGAGAUUCUUGCCGUCGGAAUUCGGAAACGAUGUGGACCGCGUGCACGCCGUCGAGCCGGCGAAGACGGCAUACGCGACCAAAGUGAAAAUCCGGCGAGCCAUCGAGUCCGCCGGGGUACCGUACACCUACGUCUCGUCCAACUUCUUCGCAGGUUACUUCCUCCCGACGUUGAACCAGCCUGGAGUCACCACUCCGCCGCGGGAUAAAGUCGUCAUCUUGGGCGAUGGAACCCCCAAAGCAAUCUUCAACAAGGAAGAGGACAUUGGGGCGUAUACCAUCAGGGCAGUGGACGACCCACGAACAUUGAACAAGAUCCUGUACAUCAGGCCGCCGGCCAACACGAUCUGCUUCAACGAUCUGGUUUCCUUGUGGGAGAAGAAGAUUGGGAAAACCCUGGAGAGGAGCUACAUCUCUGAAGAACAGCUUCUCAAGAACAUCCGAGAGUCGGCUCCGCCGCUGAAUGUGAUACUGUCAAUUGGGUACUCGGUGUUCGUGAAGGGAGACCAUACCAACUUCGAGAUCGAGCCGUCGUUUGGAGUUGAAGCUUCGGAGCUUUACCCUGAUGUCAAAUACACAACUGUGGAUGAGUAUCUUACCCAGUUUGUCUGAUAAAAAGAGAGGAAUUUUGUAUUGUGGAUUUGUGGUAACCCGCAACACUGCAUAAAGAGAGCUUUUUAGCUCUGUAUGAUGAAAUGAAAUGUAAUGAAAUGC